CUCCCAUUCCCAAAAACGUCAAGGAAGGAAGAAGGAGAAGAAGGCAAAGGUGAUGUGUCGUUUUAAUUGCUAGGGCUGUAUUUAAAGAUGUCCGAGGCGGGCGAGGGCUGCGGGUCUCGGUGCCCCAGUGUCCUGAACGAGUCGUGCGCCUCCGCGCUGCCGUGCUGGAACGGCACGGCCGCCCUGCGCCCGCCGCUCCUGGUGGACGCCUGGCUGGUGCCGCUGUUCUUCGCGCUGCUCAUGGCGGUGGGGCUGGCGGGCAACUCUCUGGUCAUCCACGUCAUCAGCAAGCACAAGAAGAUGAGGACCGCAACAAACUUCUACAUAGCUAACCUGGCCACCACGGACAUCAUUUUCCUGGUGUGCUGCGUGCCGUUCACCGCCGCGCUAUACCCCCUGCCCAGCUGGGUCUUCGGCGAGUUCAUGUGCAAGUUCGUCAGCUACAUCCAGCAGGUAUCGGCUCAGGCUACUUGUGUGACCCUGAUGGCACUGGGCGUGGAUCGCUGGUACGUCACCGUGUUUCCUCUCAGCUCCCUGCGCCGCAGAACGGCGAGGACGGCCGCCACCGUAAGCCUGGGUAUCUGGAUAGGUUCUUUCCUGGUGUCGGUGCCAGUGCCUGUGUACAGCAGCAUCACGGAGGGAGAGUGGUAUGGACCGCAGGUCUACUGCACUGAAAGCUUCCCCACCCACAGAUCUUGCAGCCCAGACUUCAUGCAGGAAAUGCAAGAGCUCCGAUCUCCCCCCCUGCUUUCGCCUCUAACUCCCUCACCUCUCCCUCAACUGCAGUUCCUGGCGGAGCGCUCAGAGGCCACAAGAACCAAGAUCUCGCGCAUGGUGGCCGUGAUGGUGCUGCUGUUCACCGUGUGCUGGGGUCCCAUCCAGUUCUACAUCCUGGUGCAGGCCUUCAGCCCCCAGUUCCAGCACAGCUACUCCACCUACAAGCUGAAGAUCUGGGCGCACUGCAUGUCCUACGCCAACUCCUGCGUCAACCCCAUCGUCUACGCCUUCAUGGGCGCCAGCUUCCGCAAGGCCUUCAAGAGGGCGUUCCCCUGCGUCUUCAAGCAGCGUGUGGCUGUGGCCCCAGCUCCACGAGGCAAUGCCAAUGCCGAGAUGCAUUUCGUCUCCUCUGGGUCCUAGGGGCGGCAAUAUCCCCCCCUACACACACGCACACGCACACACACCAGCAUCUCCUCUUUGAGUUCUCCCACCCUGGUUGUGUCCUUCUGCAAAGGCCAAGAAAUGUUCUCAGCUACUUCAGUGACAAUUUUUUUUUUGAGCUCGCCAGUUUUCGCAAGGGUUGGCAGAGGCACUAAAAAGUUUUUAAAAGUGACAGGUCUCGUUCCUGAGGGGGCAGGAAUUUGUCACCUGUGGAUCAGCUGUGCCUUGUCUCAAAUCCACUGGGAUUCUGUGAUCUCCAUCUUGUUUCUUUCCUUAGAGUUCUGGUGUAUAAAAGUAACAAUCCUUACACUUACAGAGCACUUUUCGGGACAC